AUGGAUGGCACAAUCUUCAUCUCUCAAAGCAAGUAUGCCAAGAGUAUAUUAAAGAAGUUUGGCAUGGAAAAUGCUAGUUGUAAAAGGACACAUGCACCAACUCACUUGAAACUGACUAAAGAUGAAAAAGGUGUAAAUAUGGAUCAAAGUCUAUACAAGAGUUUGAUUGGUAGUUUGCUGUAUCUUACAGCUAGAAGACCUAACAUUGCAUUUGCAGUAGGAACUUGUGCUAGAUAUCAAUCUGAACCCAAAAUGCAUCAUAUUACUCAAGUAAAAAGGAUCCUGAAGUACAUAAAUGGAACUAGUGACUAUGGAAUGCUGUAUUCUCAUAAUGCAAACUCCUUGCUUACAGGAUAUUGUGAUGCAUAUUAG